UCUUUAUUUUGUAGCCAAACAAGACCUUUUCCUGUUUCUCUUCUUUGGUCUGUUCCAUUCCAUAGCCCAUAAUUUCAAGAACUGCCUCCCAGUUUCUGGUAUUCCGACCGGCCAAUUAGCUGUUUUCCGGCGAGACCCAGAUGGAGAAAGAGCCACUCCUUCCUUCAUAUCUCAGCCCCAAAGUAUCAUCCCUCACAUACCCAUCUCCUAUUUCCCUCUGCCCUUUACCUGAACACGAUGAAAUUUCAAUCCCUCCUGUUUCUGUCCCUCUUACCCCUUCUGAACUCAAAGAACGGAUUAUAUUUGGACCCGCUGAAGCUUCUGCAACUGCUAUUGAUGCUUUGACCUUGAACUUAAUAUCUCCAGACCCUCCUGCUUGUUCAUCUUCAACAAAUCUUGAAACAGCUGAUAAUCAGAAUUCUUGGUUGAUUGACCCAAAUUACCCUUCUUGGACGAAGAGCAAUCUUCAUAGGUCUAAAACAGCACCAGCAAUGGCUGUUAUAAAUGAUUUUGAACAUUCAACUGUUUCUAAGCCACCCCAAUUUGGGAAAAUUUCAAUUGUUGGACAAGGGGUUGUGCUUUUGAUACUUUACUUGACACUUGGGGUGGCGAUAUAUUCUUGCUUUAAGGAUCAUUUUAAAGCUACUGAAACUCACCCCAUUGUUGAUGCUUUGUAUUUUUGUAUUGUUACUAUGUGUACUAUUGGUUAUGGUGAUAUAACUCCUGAUAGUACACCUACUAAGUUGUUCUCUAUCUUGUUUGUGCUUGUGGGAUUUGGUUUUAUUGAUAUUUUGCUUAGUGGGAUGGUUAGUUAUGUGCUUGAUUUGCAAGAGAACUACUUGUUAAGGAGUAUUAAGAGUGGGAAAUCACAUGAUGCUAGGUCUUAUAUAAUUGAUGUGAAGAAGGGGAGGAUGAGGAUAAGAAUGAAGGUGGCACUGGCAUUGGGUGUUGUGGUUCUUUGUAUUGGGGUUGGGGUUGCUGUUAUGCAUUUUGUUGAGAAGCUUGGGUGGAUAGAUGCAUUUUAUUUGUCAGUUAUGUCUGUUACCACUGUCGGGUAUGGUGAUAGGGCAUUCCAAUCAAUGACCGGUCGUAUCUUUGCAUCCAUUUGGUUGCUUGUGUCUACACUUGCAGUUGCUCGAGCCUUUCUCUACUUAGCUGAGGCCAGAAUAGAUAAACGUCAUCGGAAAAUGGCAAAAUGGGUGCUUGAUCAGGAUAUGACUGUUGCUCAAUUUCUUGCUGCUGAUAUUGAUAAUAAUGGAUUCGUGAGUAAAUCAGAAUAUGUGAUAUACAAGCUGAAAGAAAUGGGGAAGAUCACAGAGAAAGAUGUAAUGCUGAUUUGCAAACAGUUUGAACGGCUGGACAGUGGCAACUGUGGAAGGAUAACUCUCGGCGAUCUAAUGGAACACCACCAUUAAACGUCGAAAUUUGAUGUCUUUUCCUAUUGGACAUUAGGGAGUGGAAAAAAAGAAAAGAAAAACAGAGUUGAAGCAGCAUAUAGGAUUGAUUGGCAACUGGACAGGGCUUGUCUAAAUGUGGCCUGCUGGAGAAACUGGAAUGUUGAGUUCCCUAAUUUUAUGGGAAGGGUGCUCCAUUCCUUGCACAGAGGUCAAAGUCCUAAAGUGCAAUGGAAAAUUUUGUAAGUGUUUUGGAAAAUGUUUUAAUAGUGGAAACCUUGCAAAAUUUUGAAGCAAAAGUAUAUUAUCUGUAAAUAAUUGCUUAAAUGAUAUAAGAAUUUUAGAGGGAGAAAAAAAAUUUGAUUUUCUCAA